UUUUGGCUUCUAAUUUUCAAGAUAGUUGAAUUUAGUGUCUCAAGGAAAAGAACUUCUAAUGUAAACACAUGUCUCAGAACCUUAAAUUGACUGGAGAAUGAAUUUCUGUUUAGUAGAGUUUUUUUUUUCCAGAGGACAGAAUCUAUUAAAGGCAUAAUGGUACCAAUUGGCUCAGACCAACAUAUAUGCAAGUGGAGCAAAGCUUUCAGAAACAUGCCUUGUCUUAGGUUACUCAUUGUCAAAGGGCAGGAGGUCUGGCAUCAUGACCUUAUUUGUGACCCUAUUGAGUGUCUCCCCAGUAACUUGAAAUGGCUUGAUUGGUCAUACUACAGUUUUGAAUCUUUACCAGCAUAUUAUGAACCAGGAAACCUUGUUGGGCUCCACAUGACUUUUAGUUCUCUUGUUGAAGUUUUCAAGGAGCCAAAGGCAUUUGAUAAGUUGACAGUUCUCAAUUUAAGUUUUUCUAGAAAUUUAAUCCGAACACCCAAUUUUUCGGAUAUUCCAAACCUGCAGAGGAUUAUACUGAAAAGCUGUGUAAGCUUGGUAGAAGUUCAUCCAUCCAUUGGCCAUCUCAGAAAGGUUGUCUUUUUGAAUAUGGAAUACUGCGAAAGUCUCAAAUCUUUACCAAGCAGUAUUCAAAUGGAAUCUCUUAAAAUCUUCAAUCUCUCAGGUUGUGAAAAGUUGGAGAAAUUUCCAGAAAUUCAGGGAAAUAUGGAAUUACUAUCAGAGCUCCUUUUGGCACAUACUGCAAUAUGGGAACUUCCAUCAUCAGUUGGACUGCUCAGUGGCAUCAGCUUGCUCGAUUUGCAUUCAUGUAAAUACCUUGUAAGACUCCCAGCCAGUGUCUCUGAGAUGAGAAAACUGAAAAUUUUGACUUUGAAAGGCUGCUCAAGACUUGCACACUUCCCUGAAAAUCUAGGUGAUCUAAACCAGUUGGAGGAGCUCUAUGCUGGUAACACUGCCAUUUGGCAACUACCAGAUUCUCUUGGAAACUUAAGCAAACUUAAAGUCCUAUCGUUAAGAAGAGGCCGGAAGGUAAAGUAUCAAGCUGGUGGCAGUUUAAUGCUACCCCCAUUCUGGGAGUUUCAUGGUUUGAGGGAAUUGAAAAGCUUAGAUCUCAGUGGAUGCAAUUUAUCUGAUAACCAAACUGCUGCUCUUAUGAACUUGCCUUCUUUACUAGAACUGAAUCUGAGCAGAAACAAGUUUAUUUCAUUACCUGAUAUCAUCAGUCGACUUUCUCAGCUUCGAUAUCUCAACAUAACACAGUGUCAGGAACUUAAGGAACUUCCCAAACUACCUCAGAGUAUAGAGGAAUUAUAUGCAGAAGAUUUUUUGGCCAAGCAAAGUAUCGCAAAGCUACAAAUGUACCCGAGAUUGAAUUUGGUGUCAUUCACAAAUUACAGUUUUGAUCAACAAUCUUAUACAAGGGAGAGCAAUGGUAGCUCAGUUUUGGAUGAGAUUCUCGGUUCAUUUCUUUCACUCAACAUGGAUAAUGUGGUCCAGUCCUCUCUCAACUCCAAUUACAGGGUGACUUGUUCCAUCGUCUUUCCUGAAUGUGCAAUUCCCACGUGGUUUAGGCACCAGAGUGUUAAGGAAAAGAUGUUGCUUGAACUUCCUAUUAAUUGGUAUAAUGAUAAGUUCAAGGGCUUUGCUAUAUGCUGUGCCACUCUCAUGGGAGCAGGUGUGUUGAAUCCUGAUUCAGGGCUAUCCAAGAAGUAUGAUUAUGCUUUCGUCAAAGCUAAAUUGAUAUGCAAAGAUGAUUUAGAAGACCUUAAAGUGCUAGAGAAAGAAUGUAAAGUGGGAACAGCAUCUAGAACGUAUGGCUUGUGUGUUUGCUUUGUCUACAUACCAUUGUAUGCUUCACUGCAGGUGUCCGGCACAGAUGUUGGAAAUAUUAACCAGUAUAGCCUAUUUGAGGCAUCUAUCCAUGGGCGCAUUGUGAGACAGUGGGGAGUUCAUAUGAUCUAUGAGGAUGAAAGUACAUUUUUUGCAGGAAAAUAUGGAAGUGUUGGUUUCACACCACUUAAGCUGAAGAGAGGCUAAAUUAGCUGUAUAUGCUGGGAUAUUGAGGGAAUUACCAAGAAACCGAGUUUAAGCUCUAUAUGAGGCAUGUCUCACCCAAGACAACAUAAAGAAAAGAAAAAUAUAGUUCCCAAACAGAUGCUAUAUGUGCAAAAAAGAGGCUAAAACCCCCAGACACCUUCUUCUUCAUUGUGAGGUGGCCUCAGAAUUAUGGAGCAUUUUUUUCGUCUCUCUGGCAUCAAUUGGACCACACCCCUCACUGUUAUGGAUGCAUAUGAGAGUUGGAGUCUAUGGAAAGUUGACAAAGCCAUCAAGAAGAUCUGGAUUAUGAUACCUGCUUGUAUUUUUUGGUGUAUUUGGUUAGAGAGGAACAAGAGAUGUUUUGAUGGAGAGUCAACUGCUUUAGGCAUUUUGAAGACUAGGUGCAUUGAAAAUUUGUUUAGUUGGUCCAACUUGUAUCCUGUUGUUAAUGCAGAACAACUUCAGGAUUUUACUAACUCAUUAGCUCUGGCUUAGAUAGUUUGUAUAGUUAGCCAGAGAUUUUUUUUGUAAGCUCAAAUUCCAUAUCUUGUAAAUUUUGCAUCUUCUUGAUGUUGUUA